AUGGAGGCCUCAGGAUCGGAUGAAGUCGACAAGCUGAAAACUAAGUUUAUGUCAGCAUGGAACAACAUGAAAUACAGCUGGGUGUUGAAAACAAAGACGUAUUUCAGCAGAAAUUCACCAGUAUUAUUGCUGGGGAAAUGUUAUCAUUUCAAGUCUGAAGAAGAAAACGAGGCGGCCCCCGUGGGCUCGGGCCGGGCCGGAGAGAACGAGCACGCGGUCCUUUACGGGAACGUAGAAGAAUUCCGGAGAGAUUUCAUCUCCAGAAUCUGGCUGACCUACAGAGAAGAAUUUCCCCAGAUUGAGGGCUCAGCCCUGACAACGGACUGCGGCUGGGGCUGCACGCUGAGGACUGGCCAGAUGCUCUUGGCUCAAGGACUCGUCCUCCACUUCCUUGGCAGAGCCUGGACCUGGCCAGAUGCACUAGACGUUGAAAACUCAGAUUCUGAAUCAUGGACUUCUCACACCGUAAAAAAACUCACAGCAUCGUUUGAAGCAUCCCUUACAGGAGAAAAAACACCCAAAGUCCCAUCGUCCGUUCUGAGAGAACCACGCAGGACAGGCUCCCAUGAUGAAGAUGGCAGAAACGAGCUCUGCCACAGGAAAAUCAUCUCAUGGUUCGGUGACUCCCCAUUGGCCUGCUUUGGUUUGCAUCAGCUAAUUGAAUAUGGGAAGAAGUCUGGGAAAACAGCUGGAGAUUGGUAUGGCCCAGCUGUUGUUGCACACAUUUUAAGAAAAGCUGUGGAAGAAGCCAGACACCCUGAUUUACAAGGAAUCACCAUUUAUGUCGCUCAGGAUUGCACAGUGUACAAAGCUGAUGUCAUCGACAAGCAGUGCAUUUCUGCGGGCCUGGAGAACACCGAAGACAAAGCCGUGAUUCUGCUCGUUCCUGUUCGCCUCGGAGGGGAGAGAACCAACAUGGACUAUUUAGAAUUCGUGAAGGGAAUUUUAAGCCUUGAAUAUUGUGUGGGCAUCAUUGGUGGAAAACCUAAGCAGUCCUAUUACUUUGCUGGAUUUCAAGAUGACAGUUUGAUAUACAUGGACCCUCAUUACUGCCAGUCUUUUGUAGAUGUCAGCAUAAAGGAUUUCCCUCUUGAGUCAUUUCAUUGUCCUUCUCCAAAAAAGAUGUCGUUCCGGAAAAUGGACCCCAGUUGCACCGUAGGAUUUUACUGUAGAAACAUCCAGGACUUUGAGCGGGCCUCUGAAGAGAUCACCAAGGUACUGAAGGCUUCCUCCAGAGAGAAAUAUCCGUUAUUUACUUUCGUCAAAGGCCAUGCCAGAGACUAUGAUUUUACCUCCACUCCAACCAACGAAGACGACCUUUUCUCAGAAGAUGAAAAGAAAAGAUUGAAAAGAUUUAGCACAGAAGAGUUUGUCUUGCUCUAAGGACAUUUUUCAUUAGAGUAUUAGUAGCGAUUCAGAACAUUCCUUUGAAAAUAAAAAAAAAAAAGAAAAAAGAGAAACCCGCAACAGAGAAACUGAUCUAUUUUUGUAAAUAUUUUAGUGAUUUUGUAAACGUUCUUUCACAAAAGAGCAUUUGAAAAUAUACAUUGUAAAAGAUGUGCAUAUUUCUGAAAGCAGACUGAUCGAAAGAAUCUCUGUUGCUGAUAUAAA